UUCCAAAAAGCAUUUGGCGCACAUCAAAAACAUGAGAGAGCAUCAUCUUCAAACGCCAUUGAAGGAGCUCGGAAAUCGCCGAUCCAAAUCCAUCUCCGCCGAUCAAACUAAGAAGCAGAUAAAAAGCACUAGGAAGAACUUGAAUUCUGUGUUUGAAUCGCAAGCUGCCUCCUCAUUUUCUCAAUCAUCGAUCGGCACUUCUUCUCUGAUUUCAGAUGAUCAUAGUCUACUCACUGAAUCCGCCGCUGAGGACUUGUUGUUGAUUCCAGAAACUUCUCCUUCAUCAGAGGCAGUGGAUCCUCUUGCUGAUCUGACUCCAUUGUCAUCGACAGUAACUUCUGACAGGUUCAAAGAAUGCACUGGUUCGAAUAGCCGAAGUGGAAUUCCACAAAUCAGUGAUGUGAAGUUUGGUUCUGUUGAGGCUGAAAUGGCAGUAAAGUACCUAAGAGAAGCUCAACUGCAAGUGGUGAAUGCAACAGAUAUUGAUAUUCGGUAUAAGAAGCUUCUCGAUGCUGUCAUGAACACUGUAGUUGAAGAGUUCUAUGGACUGCCAGAAGACAAGGACUGCUAUAAUGCCAUUGUCUCAAAGAAAUUCCAUUUGGUGACACUGACAUUCGUGCUGUGGAUAAUUGCUGUUUUCAUUGGAUUCUUCUUCCAUUCGGGCGAAGAACACUCUUUCGACAGACCUCUACCUACCUAA